AAAACACGUGAGCGGUGCUACGUCAUCGUAAACAUCAGCGAGCAACAUGGCGGCUCCGGCAGCGGGCAAGGUUCUAUAUGAACAGGAAGGGAUUUUUAUCCACUCUGAUUCAGAAAGAAAUGAAGACCAAGAUUCCCUGAUUUCAGGAUUUCUUCGAGUAACCGAAAAGGAGGGUGAAUUAAUUGUAGAAUACAAGCCAAUGGAAGAUGCUGUUGAUCCAUCAAAUAUUCUUUGUGCUGGAAAGGAUUCGAGUUCAGUAGUAGAGUGGACACAAUGUCCAAAAGAAAGAAUGCAGAAAAAUGUGGAAAAUCAACUAAGCUACGAAGCUGAGUGGGAUAUGGUCAACACUAUUUCCUUUAAAAAGAAGCCAUACACUAAUGGAGAAGGUGUUUUAAGCCAUGUGCACGAAAGAAACAAGUGGGCCUUCUUCUUUAAUGUUGGUGACCUAAAAACAAUCAAAAUCAAGAAAGAGGGCUGGCCAUAUCUAGUAUUUUGCCUUAAAGAUGAGACAUCCUUACCUGCUCUUCAUUUCCAUCAAGGAGGCAGUGAAUUGUUUUUGGAUUGCCUUAAGAAACAUGUGCUGCUAGACGAGUCUCCAUUUGACCAAACAGUACUUAUUGUCAACAACCACAGCAAAGCUCUUUCUCAGUCCUUUGAGAACUUAUUUGAUGAUACCACAUUUGGCCUUGUUCAGAAAUUUAAAAAAGAUCCAUAUACAACAACAUUGGGAGGCUUUUCUAAAGUCACCAACUACUUAUUUGAUGCUUUUCGGGGACAAGAUGCAGAACAUCUGCAGCGCCCAGCUUCAGAAGUGGCUGAUCUUCUCAGUGAAGCCAUUCCAGGGCUAGAAAUUAAUCACCAGGAGGAACCAGGCUUUGAAGUCAUCACAAGAAUUGAUUUAGGCUCAAGGCCAGAAGUUGAAAGAAGAGAACCUGUUUCAAUUGAAGAAUGGACUGGGAAAGUGGACUCUGAAGGAAGAAUACAAAAUGUUCUUCAUUUAAAACUAAUUAUAUUCAAAGGGGGACUCUGCCAUGUAGUGAGAAAAGAAGCCUGGAAGUUUUUGCUGGGAUAUUUUCCAUGGAACAGCACCAGAGAUGAAAGGAAAAACUUGCAAAAAAGAAAAACGCUUAUGAAAAAAGAUGUUAAUAGAACAGACAGAACCAACACAUUUUAUGAGGGUCCAGAUAACCCAGGACUGAUCUUACUUCACGAUAUAUUGAUGACCUAUUGUAUGUAUGAUUUUGACCUUGGCUAUGUCCAGGGCAUGAGUGAUUUGCUUUCCCCAAUUCUCUAUGUAAUGGAAAAUGAAGUGGAUGCCUUCUGGUGCUUUGUGUCCUUCAUGGAACAAAUGCACCAGAAUUUUGAAGAGCAGAUGCAGGGAAUGAAGACCCAGUUGAUUCAGCUCAGCACGUUGCUGCGACUGCUAGACAUUACAUUCUGGAACUACCUUGAAUCUCAAGAUUCAGGAUACCUCUAUUUCUGUUUUCGGUGGCUGCUGAUUUGCUUCAAAAGAGAAUUCAGUUUCCAGGAUGUGUUGCGUCUUUGGGAGGUUAUGUGGACUGGAUUGCCCUGUCAAAACUUUCAUCUUCUUGUGUGUUGUGCUAUAUUGGAUUCCGAGAAGCAGAAAAUAAUGGAUGAACAUUAUGGAUUUAAUGAAAUUCUAAAGCACAUAAAUGAGCUUUCCAUGAAACUGGAUGUGGAAGAGGUUCUUCAGAAAGCAGAAGCUAUUUGCCUACAGAUUAAAAAUUGUAAGGAUUUGCCAAGUGCCGUGUGUGAGAUUCUGGGAGUGAAAAGUGAAGCAUUAAAUCCUGCAGCAGAGAGCAGUGAGCAAAAGACACUUCCUGUGAAACAGACCUCCAAAAUGAUGCAUGCUGUGGAACCAAACCAGAGCUCUGUUCCCCUUGACAGAGAUGGACAGUCAAGAGAACCUGCACAAGUUGUCUUCAGUUUGCCACAUGCAUAGUAAUAAACAAAGUAGUCUUUACACAAUUGACUAUUGUUUCCUCACCUAUCAUAAAGAUGUUGGGUUUGACUGGUGGCAGUAUUUGUUGGCAGAUGAGGUAAAUUAAGCGUUUCUUCUACUUUGGCAUUAUUGAGUAUAAAAAGAGAAGCAAGAAUCAUAAGAGAUUGCAGAUCUAAUUAUUUUUGUAAUUUCUUGUACCAUACUUUCCUUUUCAUUCUAAAUCAUCAUUCCUCUUCAUCAACAAAUUACAAUUCUAAAUGUCGAGCACAGGGAGUUUAUAUUCAAAGAAGUUACGGCUUACUGUUUUGUUUUCUUUUUUUAGUCAUUUAUUUCAGAAUUCAAUUCUAAAUUUUGGUGGAUCUAACAUAGUUGACUGUUUUAAAUUUAAAAUAAAUAGGAUGGAACAGUUGGGAAAUUUGGAUCAUGUUGAUCACGGAAGUGAUGUACUAAACUGGGAUAGGGUAUAAUGUUUAAUUUUGGAGUGUAGUUGCUUUUGAUAAUGAUUGUAUACAUCUACAAGGAUAAGGUUUGCUCUGGUUGUAGGAAAUAUUUCCUGUGGAGUCAUUUUGUGACAAAAUAACAUGCAAGUAUAAAAUGCCUUAAACAUGAUUAUCAUGGGUAUUUAAAAAUAAUAAAAUGUAGUUCAACUAGCAGGAUAUGACUGGAUCUUAAACUACCUGUUCAUACAGUGCCUAUAGAAAAUCUACACCCCUUUUAUGCAUUGUUGGAUAAAUGUUCACCCCCUUUGUAAAAGCAAUCCCACGUUAGCUCAGGUGUAACCAUUCAUCUUCAAAAUCGCACACCAAGGCAAUUGGCCUCCUCUUUUGUUAAAUUAAUUCACUCAUUUUAUGCUAAGUUCAGCAAUAGCUGUAGGUUCCUUCUGCUGUGUAGUGCAUUUCAAGGCAUACUCCACUAUGAGCAUCAAGGAAAGAUCUUGGGGAUAAAAUUGUGGAAAGGCACAGGUUAGGGGAUGGGUAGAAAAAGAAAACAGAGGCUUUAAAUUGCCCUUGGAAGCAUGGAUAAGACAGUUGUUAGGAAGUGACUGGCAUAUGCAGCCGCCAAUACCCUGCCCAGAUCAAUAUAUACAGUACCUCUAAACUGGAUGGCUGAGCAAGAAAGGGAGGCUGCCCAGAGGCUAGUGGCAACUUUGAAAAAUACAGACAUUUAUGGACAAGACUGGUCAAAGUGUGCACAGCUAUCCUAAGCUCUCCACAAAUUUAGCUUUUAUGGUAGGGGGGCAAGAAAGAAACCAUUACACAAAUAUACAACAGCCAAGCAUUAUGAUAGUGAUACUGCAAACAUGUUUCAAAAUGUUUUGUGGUCUGCCGAAAAUGCAGUGGACCAUUUUGGGCCUUAAUGCAAAGCAUUACGUUGUAGCAGCAACACCUUGUAAUAUAGUACAGAUUUAGAGACGCAAUCACACAAAGCAUGGUCAACCCAUGCAGAGUUCCCUGCAGUAAAAAGCUUAGACCGGUUGGUAGUCUGAGUGAGUGCCGCCACUGAGACUCAGAGCUUAAACCUUUAUCCAAGACGCGAUGUUAAUAGCGCUGUGUAAAGCAGAAUUCUGCCCACGUUUCUCAGUGCAUCGAGACCUUGUGACUAAACUAGUUGGCCAUUUUGCCCGAUAACUAGAGUUAAUCUGGUUGACACAACUGAAUAUACUGUAUGUUCAGAAGUAGCAGGUACUCCUGGGAGCACACCAAGUUUCUAACCCCCAGUGACUGAUUAGGCUAGAGUAUUUACUUAUCUUUAAGUAUCUAAAUGUUGAGUAGUUAAAGGAGACCAAGUGGCGAACAAUAAAUUAUAACCAGUGUUUAAUGUUUAAUCCUUAUAUUAUUUGUUUCUCUACUUUAUCCUGAUCUGUUCUAUUUUGGUUACUCUCAAGUAAUGAUUACACAUUUUUAUAUAGGCAGAUGUUUGUUUCAAGUAUAUUAUGACUUUUGCUCUUAAAUACACAUGCUUAUUUGUAUCAAUUAAAUACUAGCAUAUUGUAUUUUGAAUUUGUGUGCAGGCUGCUUAUUCUGUCGAUUGAUUCAUAAUAGCCAAUAAAAAUCUAAUGCAAUUAGAUUCUUAUAGUUUCUAAAUUGUGCCAGUGAAUUCACACAAUGUUGGCACAUACUCAAAACAGCAAAUCACCAAAUGUGCACCAUUCCCACUUUGGGGAAAUGACUGGAGCAAAGUACAGAAAAGUCCUUGAGGAAAACCUGCUGCUUUCUGCCAGAAAGCUGAGGUGGGACAGAAGUUCACCUUUCAGCAUGACAAUGAAGUGAAGUACACAGCCAAUGUUACACUCCAUUGGCUAAAGAACAAAAAGGUAAAUACCCUUGAGCGGCCCAGUCAGAGCACUGAUCGAAAUAAAAUCGAACAUUUCUGUCAUGACUUGAAGACUGCUGUCCAUCAACGCUCCCCAAAGAACUUGACAGCUUGAACAGUUUUGUAAGGGAGAAUUUUCAAAUAUUGCCAAACCUCAGUGUACAAAGAUGGUACAGAUUUACUGCAGUAAUUGCUGCCAAAUGUGCUUCCAUCAAGUAUUAACUCAGGGGUGGGGACCUAUCCAAUUAACGACAUGUUAGUUUGGUAUUUUAAACAUGAUUGUUUUCCAAAUAAGAAAAUAUUUCACCUUAAAAGGGUGGAGUAUGGUGUGUAGAUAAGAGGAAGAAAUCCUUAUUUACAUGCAUGACCCUUUGAGGUAGUAACUUGACAAAGUGAAAAAUUAGGGGGUGUACUUUCUGUAGGCACUGGACAGUAUAUGUACAGAUCCAUUAAUUUGUGGUUGCUCUGUUGCAGGAACCAGCCUCUCAUUAUUCCACAGUGAUGUAAUGGAAUUUUAAACAUUGCAAAGAAUGGCUUGAAGAUGACUCUCUCAUGGGACCAGUCUAGAAACAAUCUCUGCUGUUGAAAAUAAGAUAUCUGAUUGCUGACAGCAGGUUUCUGAACUUGCAGCAAUCUUGCAUUUGCGUUGAAAGCACUAAAGCUCAGGCCUUGAAACACAUACUGUAGCAUGUCAAGUUUGGGCCAGAUGGGUGAUCUAAAUUCUCACUUCAUAAAAUUGUCAGCAGCGACAGUUCAGUCAGUUACCUCUUCAGCACUGAACUUGUGGAGUUUGUUUCAUCUGUUACUGGUGACAUAGGCUUAUCACUGGGACUCUGAGACCAAUAAUCAAACACCUGCCAUUUCUAGCCCUACGGGUGUUCCUCAGCACUUUCUCGGGACUUGGGAAGUAUCUUCUGAAAUUCAAAAAAAGUGUUGACACUCAUUUGCAUAUUUAACAAAACUAUAAUUGCUGAUCUGGCAGUGUAAAAGCAUCUGAGAAAAUGGUUGUACAAGUACCUGUACCUGUAUAAAAAGGUACAGGUUCAUAAGGCCACAGAUGCACAGGACACUACUCACCAGUAUGAGCUUGAACAAUUGCAUUAUCCACCCCCCAAGCCCAGACUUCCUCUUGGACUAGUGACGAUUAUUUGUUAACUUUCCAAAUUCUAUAGAGUAUGGGUAUUCUGAAACAUACUGUAUUUGACUUUGCAAUUGGGGAAUACAUUCAAGUGGAUAUCUUGCAUAAAACGUCCUCCCUUCCACUGUAUAUUAGCAUCUGUUAUUGAGACUUAAAAGUUACCAGUUUAAAAUCUAUAAGCAGACAUGAGGAUUCUAGAACUGGGGCUACUGAGAAGUGUUCAAACUUUUGUUUUAACAAAUAUGCCAUAUAAUCAACUAGUCUAGAUAUACAAUGCGUGAAAUAUAGCGUGUAUAUACAUAUUUGUAUAUUUUUAAUGAUUGUUCUGUUUGAUAUUUUUGUUUGCAAGUGUGCUCCAGAAUUAUCUGCAGAUUUUUACCUGAAUUUUAUGCUUUGUAUAAUAUUUUAAAAAUAUUCUUCAGCAAAACAGAUUACAUAUUAUAGCUCAUUUUGGUCUUUCCAAGUUUCUUAGUAUUUAAGCUCUUUUUAAAGGCUUGUAUUGACCAAAUUAAGAGCUAUUGUGUUUAUUGAAAAUAUUGACUACUGUGAUUGUCAUGCAGUAGUCUAAGAUUAAACCAAGUAACUGUUCCAUUUCCCUCUUUACAAAUGACAUUUUAAGGCUGUAUACCAUCUUGAUGCAUUCUGUUUAAAAUAUAACAAAGUGCUCA